AUGGACCACUCACACGGGAUGAGCGGGUUCUCUGCCGUCAACACAGAUUUGGCUCGCCGAUACUGGUACACCAUCGCCGGUUUCGUAGGAGCUCUGGUGCUGGUCCGGGCGGUCAACUUUUACAAAUCGCAGCGACGCCUGCGAAGAAGGGCCGCAAGUUCGAUCAAGUGUCCGACAAAACCCAGUAACCAAUUUUUGGAGUUAUGGGCUACCUUGACCGCCGUCGUUCGCGAGGCCAGCGCGCCCCAAUUGUACAUCCGCCUCCGUGGCUUCUCCUGGCUCACGCCCCCGCCUCUGGGCCGCAUCAUCGCUCUGCUGGUCUACUGGAUCGUCAUCAUCUACAUGAUGACGACCGACGUCGUCAUCAAGGACGCGUUCUUCUGGGAGCGCAUCGGCUACCGCAACGCCUGGGUCACCAUCACGCAGGUGCCGCUCCUCUACCUGCUGGCGUCCAAAUGCAGCAUCAUCGGCUUUCUGGUAGGAACCAGCCACGAGCGACUCAAUUGGCUGCACCGCUGGGUCAGCCGCACCGUCUUCGUGACAGCUUCUGUCCACGGCUGGCAUUUUUACACGGACUGGGCGCGCGCCGACUUUGUCGAGUACCAGCUCAAAAUGCAGCCCUCCAUCAAGUACGGCUUUGGAGCGUGGGCGAUCCUGCUGUGGACCAUGGUGUCGGGGCUCGUGCCAUUUCGGCGGAUGUCCUACGAGCUGUUUGUUCUACAGCACCUCCUCAGCGCCAUCAUCUUUCUCUGGCUAAUCUACAUCCACGUUCCCAGCAGCGCCGUGUACAACGUAUGGUUUGCUAUUGCGGCGCUCUGUUUUGACCGCGCCUGCCGGAUGGCCCUGCUCCUCUGGCAGAACAUCAAGCUGUUCCCCGACAAGUCUAGGUGUAAAGGGGGCCAGAGGAUCGGCCACCAGGCGCAGCUGAAGGCUGUGGGCGACUCGAUCACCGUGAUGACGGUCAAGGAUGUGCAUUUCAAGUGGCGGGCGGGCCAGCACCUCUACCUCUGGGUUCCCCGGAUCGGCGUGGCGGAGGCCCACCCCUACACGAUUGCCUGCGCCCACCAGCUGCCCGACACAUGCAUCUGCAACAGCAUCCAGCUUGUCGUGCGCAAGCACGGCGGCUUCUCCAGGCGUCUGCACGACUUCGCCGCCAAGGCCGGGAGGAAAGACCACGUGACCGUCUUCGUGUCCGGGCCGUAUGGGUCGCCACCUCGGUGGGAUAUCUACGAGACCAUCAUCCUGAUAUCGGCAUCAACCGGAGCCUCGUUCACACUGCCCAUCUUGGAGAGCCUGCUGCAGGCGAGGAAAACGAACUGUGUUAAGCGGAUCGAUUUCCUCCUCGCGGCAAAGCAAGGAGAUGAGAUCGACUUUUACGUCUCGCGCCUUCAUGAGCUGAUUGAUCGCGCUAAGGAGGUUGGUAUCGAAUUGGGAGUGCAUAUUGCCGUCACCCAGGGCCCUGCCGUGUUUGCAAAGGGCUCGGGCAAUGUUCCUACAGUGGGGGCCGUGUCCGCUUCGUCGUCUGCCACCAAUCUGGGAAAGCAGGCGGACGAGAAAAUUACGGAAACGCAACCCGCGGAUAUCGAGCAGGCUGCCCCUGUGGCGCGGAAGCGAGCGAGCGACGCAGCGAGCGCUGAUUCUCACGUGCUCUACUCAGCUGUCCGGCCAGAUGUGGACGGCUUCAUCCGGGGUCCGGUCGAGGCGACGGGCGGGGAGACCAGCGUGGUCGUCUGUGGCGGGCCGUCGCUGGUGUCGAGGGUGAGGAACUGCGUGGCUGCGCUGUCGGACGAGAGGGCGGUGCAUAAAGGGACGGGCGCGCAGGGGAUACAUUUGUAUGCUGAAGAGUACAGUUUCUAA